AUGUCGAUACCAUGUCCUGCCAGGUUUUCCACAAGGAGACUUCGAUGGGCUAUCGUUGCCUUCAUCAUCUUGAUGCAACUUGUAGCCGUCAUCUUUUCUUCUAUCGGUCAGGUCUCCUGGUUAGACAUCCUCAUGCCUGACCCAUUCAGAGAUGGCGUCAUCGCAAACAUGUCCCGCAGAUCCUCGCAGAUAUGUCUUGCUCAGGCUCGUAAGGUCGAGGGUGUCUAUGUGGACCCGAGGCUGCGCCAGCCAGGCAACCUCGUCGUGACCGCCGCCAACCAUGGUUACCUGGACAUGCUGGAUAGCUGGAUGUGCUUUGCGGACAGGACAGGCUGGCAGUACUUGGUGCUGGCGUUCGAUCUGAAGCUGUACAGACACAUCACCCACGCCCAUCCGAACAAGACGUCGUGCCCUGUCUUCGACAGCAAGGUGGAGCUGUCAAGACCGAGUAAUUUCCAGUCUUCAGUCUUCAACAUUGUAUCUUGUCUGAAGAUCAAGGCAGUAGCCAACCUUCUCCAUCACGGGUACUCGGUGUUAUUCCUCGACGUGGACGUGCGAUGGAAGCAAGACAUCUGGAAGAUCGUCAGGUCGUCGCCGUGCGACUACACGUUUCAGAUCAACCGGCAUGAAUACCAAGGCGUCCCCUUCACGUACAGCGGGAGCGAUGAAGGGAACACGGGGGUGUACUACGCGAAGCCGACGAGGGCGGUGAGAGACCUGUUCCAGCAAGUAGCCAACGGGUCUUGUCUGUCGCCGCUGGAGCUUGACGAUCAGACGUUGUUUUGGAACGAGCUGCGAUCACGGUUCUUGAGUCAGCGGGCGGUUUUCUUCCACGAGGCAGUGAACGGGUCGUCAGCGCAUCCAGCGUGGCAGACGAAGCUGCCGGCAGACAAGCUCAGCUUCUGCCCGUUUGACCCCUACCAGAUAGCCUCGGGCUGGGCGCUGAGAGUGACAGACGAGGCGCGGGAGGCGCUUGGUGUGCUUCUUGUGCAUGCCAACUAUCUGGUGGGGAAGAGGCCGAAGGUUGAGAACCUGCAGAGGAUCGGGUACUGGGACUGUCCGCCUGCACAGAAGCAGCAUGAAUGA